AUGUUUCGCCCAGUCGCCGCGCGCCUUCGGAAGCUGACCUUGCUCCGUCGGAGAACAGACGUUCCUCCAACGGGCCAGCGGGUGGCAACUGGCGGCAUUUGGCGCCCAGCCUGCGGCUCUCUGCAGUGCAAGAAGCCAGAAGCCUCCGAGGUCGACGAAGGUGAAAGACACCAGGCCAGGAGCAUGAUGAGCACGUCGGCGCCCGUGACGGCCAAUGGCCUCGACCGCGACCGCGACCACGGCCACAUUUUGCGGCCGCGGAAGCGAAAAGGCAUCCGUACCCGAGCGGUGCGGACUGUGUCCAGCGAGAGCGACAGUCACAUUGGCGUGGUGAGCGAGAGCGCGCCAGCGAGCGGGUUGACGAGCGGCCGCGCCACGCCCAUCCCGGAAAACGCACCGCCGUCCGCCAAGUCGCUGUCCUCGGCGCGCAAGCUCGUCCGCGCGGAGCAAAAGCGUCGCCUCUUCCCGACCAUCGAGUACGCCUCGCGUGUGUCGCACUUUGACCCCGAGAGUGACUACCGCGACUUCCACGGCUUCUUCAAUCUGUUUUGGAUCGGGCUGGCCAUCAUGGGCAUCACCACGAUGCUGCGCAAUAUGCGAGACACGGGCUACCCGCUCCGCAUCCAGAUCUGGAGCCUGUUCACCGUGAAGCUGUGGCACCUGGCCGUCGCCGACCUCCUCAUGGUGGCCACGUCGCUCGUCGGCCUGCCGCUGCACAGGGUCUUCAGGAGGGCGCCCAUGAGGGCGGCACUGACCUGGGCAAAGGCCGGCAUGGCCAUCCAGAGCGCAUACCAGGCUCUCUGGCUGACCCUGUGGAUCGCCGUGCCCUUCGUGCUCGAGUGGACGUGGACGGCCCAGGUCUUCCUGCUGCUGCACACCAUGGUGAUGCUCAUGAAGAUGCACUCGUACGCCUUCUACAACGGCCACUUGUCCGAGACCGAGAAGCGCCUGCGCUCCCUGGACUCGCCCGGCGACAGCGCCGACACCAGACCGGCCUACGUCUAUCCCCCGGCCAACCUCCGCCGCGGCAGCAUCUCCGGCAUCCCGACGACCAAGACCCCGUCCUCCCCCGACACGGAGCGCCCGCCCCAACCCGCCGACAAACACGCGCCGCCCUCGCCGGCCACCUCCCCCGACUCGUCGCUCGACAUCGGAACCCUUCGCGAAGCCCUCGCCCGCGAACUCACGUCCCCCAUGGGCAACACCACGUACCCGCACAACCUCACCUGGGCCAACUACAUCGACUACCUCUUCUGCCCGACGCUCUGCUACGAGCUCGAGUACCCGCGCACGCCGAGCGUAAACUGGACCUCCCUCAUUGCCAAAACCGUCGCCACCUUCGGCUGCAUCUUCCUCCUCACCGUCACGUCAGAAGAGUUCAUCCUCCCCGUGCUCGUCGACGCCCAGCGCCGCCUCAACGCCUCCUCGCCGCCGUCCACCCCCGAGGCCCUGCUCAUCCUCGCCGAGUCCAUAUCCUGGCUCCUCUUCCCCUUCAUGCUCACCUUCCUGCUCGUCUUCCUCGUCAUCUUCGAGUACGUCCUCGGCGCCUUUGCCGAAAUCACCCGCUUCGCAGACCGCCACUUCUACGCCGACUGGUGGAACUCGACCGACUGGAUGGAGUUCUCGCGCGAGUGGAACGUCCCCGUCUACUCCUUCCUGCGCCGCCACGUCUACAGCGCCUCGAGGCCGCACACGGGCAAGAUGCUCGCCACCCUCAUCACCUUCCUCAUCUCCGCCGCCAUGCACGAGGUCGUCAUGGCCUGCAUCUCCAAGAAGAUCCGCGGCUACGGCUUCAUCUGCCAGAUGCUGCAGCUGCCCAUCGUCAUGCUGCAGCGCACGCGCCUCAUCAGGGGCCGCCAGACCCUCAACAACGUCUGCUUCUGGUGCUCCAUGAUCUUGGGCCUGAGCCUGGUGCGUCCCCCGUCUCCUCUCCCUGCCGUGCGAGCACGGUGCCCGCGUUCGCGUUUCACGGCUAACAGCAGCCUCUCCUCUGGCAGAUUUGUGCCCUCUACGUCCUUGUAUAAUCUUGAUCUUGUCUUCAGCUCACGCAAACGUCCCGCUCACCUGCCCGCAACUGUAGUCUGCACGGCCAUGCGCGCCGUUUCCGCUAUUUAA